AUGCAGACACCUCGUCCUCUGGAUCGACCUGUCGGAGUCGACAGAAAUGAGACAUACAUGGCCCAGGCAAGACAUGUCUCAGACAUGCAUACAGCCUCUAGCAGUCUAGCAGACGACACCCGGCUGUGGCUGAUGCCUCUUCCCAAACGGGCGACAUGGGAGACAUGGGACAUGGGAGCAUGGAGAGAGCGAGACCUGAAGGGUGCCAUGUGGCCGCCAACAACAGCAACGCCUCUGGGUGCUGGCAAUGACGGUGACGAUGAUGAUGAUGACAAUGAUGGCACGACGACGGCGGCGACAGCGGCCACGACGACGGCACUUGGCCUUGGGCAAAGAGACCGACCGUCCAAGAUGGGGGGGGGGGGGCAAUGUGGCCGUCUGGCUACCUACCUACUCGUACUCCGCCUCAGCCUGGACGUACAUCCAGUCCAAUAUGCUGCCAAUUGCGCGCGACGGCUAGCCUGGCAGCGACGACGAGUCCUCGCCGCUGGGCGCCUCCAGGAACCAUGGCAGCCUUUCAUCUUCAACGGCGAGGCCAAGCGGAGACCUCAGACCCUCGGCCGCCCCACCGCUUGCUGGGGAUUUGUGAUGCUUGGACUGCCAGGAACAGACGCUGUGGCCAGCCCUCGUGCCCAAUCGCCGCCUCGCCCUGCCCGGCCUGGCUCUGACGAGAUUCCAUAG